AUGGAAGAACAAAGAGUCGAAGGAAAAGCAAACAGCAGUUACAAUCUUGAACCCUUACCAAUUAGCAACGAAGAUAUACUAUUAUGCAUUGACAUUGAUCCUCAAUCCAUCACUCAUUUUGACGCCAUUAAACAAUCCAUCCUUCUCUUUGUCAAUGCCAAACUCACCAUCAAUCCUCAACACCGUUUCGCUUUCGCUACUCUCUCCAAUUCCGUUUCAUCGCUGAUGAAAGAGUUUAGCAGCGAAGUUGAGUCAACAAUAGCAGUAGUGCGAGGAUUUUCUGCUACUACAUCUACCACUCAACCAGACCUUACUACUUUGUUUCAACUUGCUGCCCGUGAAGCUAGAAAAUCCCGUACGCAGGGUCGCAUUUUAAGAGUAAUUCUAUUCUAUUGCAGAUCAACUAGGCGCCCACAGCAUCAGUGGCCUGAGAACCAGAGACUCUUCACUUUGGAUAUCAUGUACCUUCAUGACAAACCUGGCCCUGACAACUGCCCCCAAGAGGUCUAUGAUACACUGGUCGAUACUCUUGAACAUGUCCUGCAAUUAAUCAAACAACAGCUCAGUAAUGAAUAA